AAUUUACCGUUGGAUACGCCCACAGAAGAGCAUCGUCAGCCAUCCGAAAGCAUCUGCAGGGAUAUGGAUGUAUUAUAAGAGGAAAACUCGAUCAAUGGAAUGGAUGGAUGCUUCUUUGUUCAACCAUGGACACCGUGUUUCUCCAGAAGCAACACUAUACUUGUAUUGGCAUUUACGUUGAUUCUGAGCACAGUUAUAGAAGCUCUGCAGGUGAUUGGAGGGAACGUAACCGUUGUGCAAGGAGGGACCGCUGUCUUACCCUGCAAACUCAUCGACACCAAGGAGACCCUAUCCCAGAUUUCAUGGCAGAAGAUUACCAGAGGAAAACCUGUGAAUGUUAAUUUCUUUAUCGUCUUGGACGUAGAUGGGCCACAGUUUGUCGACGGACCUGAUGAUCGAUUUAAAUUUAUCGGGAACUUUAAAGAAAACCUUGCAUCUCUGCAGUUAUCCAAUGUCACGUUGAUGGAUGAAGGCACCUACAUGUGUAUCUUCACUUUGUUCCCCAGUGGAAAUCACAAGACGGACAUACCUCUAAACGUGCUUGUUCCUCCGCUCUCAAGCCUGGAGAAUAAUCAUCCUACUUUGGGAAAUGAAGAAGUUUCCCUCGUCACUUGCGUAGCUGCUGGUUCCAAGCCUCCUGCAGAGGUGAGGUGGGUCGUGUAUACUCUGCCGGAAACAGUAAGGGAAACCACCAACUUCACCCAGCAUGCCAACGGUACGACUACCACAACCAUCUCGCUGUUUGGAGUACCUUCCAAAGAAAUCAACGGUCAUUUGGUCCAGUGUGUCGUCACCAGUAAAGCCACGUCAGAAGAAACCCUGUCCUUCAACAUACAGGUCUACUUCCCACCCACUGAAGUGAGGAUCAGUGAAAGAUCUGGAGGCUCAUUUGAAUGUGUGACUGAAGCCAACCCAAAUGCAGACUUUACCUGGACCAGAGUUGGGCUGUCAUGGCCUCAGUCUGCUGCCAGAGAUGGUGCAACACUACAGUUUCAGAAAAUGACCUCUGACCUCAAUGGCCUCUACCAGUGUGAAGCAAGUAACCCUUAUGGAAAAAAACAUAGUCACCUCUAUGUGCAUGUGGCUUCAGAUGCCGACAUUGCUGGUUGGAUCUUAUUUGGUCUUUUGCUGAUUGCCCUUGUUGCUUCGGUAGUUUGGUACUUUUAUAAAUCUGGGAGAUUUACAAGGUUAAUUGGUAAUUCAUUAUCCAGGACAAGAGAGGACACACGUGGGGGGAGGACAAUGGUCCCAACAACUUCCAACUCACCUGAAGGGCCUCAAAGAGUAGAAGAGGAAGCAGCAGAGGGAUCUCUUUGACAUGCAUGGCAGCAGCAAGCGUGACAACAGUUGGACUGCAGCUGGCUUACACACCCCGUGGCUAACGUGUCAUUCCUCACUCAGCUGGUUAGUCAACAGUAUAGGGUAAUGUGUACUGCUAAUAGCAUUAACAAUAAUACUAUAAAAUGCUGUACAACAGAAGCAACAAAAUGGUGAAUGAAGAUUGCAAACUAUAGAGUUUUCAAGCAAAACUGGAACCAUCAAAUGAAUGAAAGAGAACGUUUUAUUAACUGUCUAACACAGUCAGUACCAACAACAUUAUCUAUGUAGGAUGUGGCUUGUGACUGUUUGCUUUAUCAUUAACAGCCACAGUGUAAUUCUGUUUAACCACCAACAGCAUUAACGGUUGCUAAAAGCAGAGGGCUAUGAAGCAUGUUUGAAUACACACAAUAAACUUGGUUACUGGCCAAGAAAUUAUUCAUGAGAAAUUUGAAUAGAAAACUUGAGAAUAAGCAAUGAAAACCUAAAAAACACACUUAAACUUAAGAGAAAAACUGCAACUUGACAAAACGCAGACAAAUUAAGAAGCAUUCUGAAACACAUUUUUCUCCAUUUGCUCAGGU